AAUUUAGAGCAGUUAUCAGACGCUGCUCUCUCCUCUACUCUCUCUCUUCUUCCUCUUCUUCUUCCUCUUUUCGUGCGGCGGCGGCGUCAGGACCAGAGGUGAGCUCCAGCUCAGAGACUCCAUCUGUUCAUCAGGCUCUUCAUCAGCUGGAGGACGUUAGAGGAGUUCCUUCACCAUGAGCCGAACCAGGAUCACACCCCUGUUCACCGCCAAUCAGCUGCUUCUCUUGGUGACCUUCAUCUCAUCUGGACUCCAGCUAUCUGCAGCAGGAGGUUCUGCUGAGGCCCUCAGGUCCAACAGCACAGUCAGCAACACAACCAAAUGUGGCGGAGACACCACCUGCAAAGAGGGCGUCAUCCUGCCGAUGUGGAAGCCGGACAACCCGGCCUUCGCCGACCGCCUCGCCAGAGCCGCCAUUUACUUUGUGGGGUUGGCGUUCAUGUUCCUGGGUGUCUCCAUCAUCGCUGACCGCUUCAUGUCAUCCAUCGAGGUCAUCACCUCCCAAGAAAGACAGAUCACCAUCAAGAAACCAAACGGUGAGAAGAUCACCACAACGGUGCGGAUCUGGAACGAGACUGUUUCCAACCUCACCCUGAUGGCGCUGGGCUCCUCCGCCCCUGAAAUCCUCCUGUCAGUCGUGGAGGUCUGUGGUCACAACUUCGACGCCGGUGAGCUCGGCCCAAACACCAUUGUAGGAAGUGCGGCAUUCAACAUGUUUGUCAUCAUUGGCCUUUGUGUGUCCGUCAUACCCGAAGGUCAGACCAGAAAGGUGAAGCACCUCCGGGUGUUCUUCGUCACGGCCACCUGGAGCGUGUUCGCGUACAUCUGGCUCUACCUGAUCCUCGCCGUCUCUUCUCCAGGGGUUGUUGAUAUAUGGGAGGGGCUUCUCACACUCUUCUUCUUCCCCAUUUGUGUUGGCUUCGCUUAUGUGGCCGACCGCAGACUUCUUUUCUACAAGUACAUGGGCAAACGAUACAGAGCAGGGAAGCACAGAGGAAUGAUCAUCGAAACCGAGGGAGAACCGGAGCUUCCCUCAAAGGUCAACGUUGAAAUGGACAGAAAGAUGCUCAGCUCGCCUGGGGAGGAGUUCAUGGACGGAGAUACAGGGUUUGAUAGGAAGGAGCUGGAGGAGGAGGAGGCGCGCAGAGAGGUGGCCAGGAUCCUCAAGGAGCUGAAACAAAAACAUCCAGAGAAGGAGAUGGAGCAGUUGAUGGAGCUCGCUAAUUAUCAGGUUUUAAACCAGCAACAGAAGAGUCGGGCCUUCUACCGCUGUCAGGCGACCAGGAUCAUGACAGGAACAGGAAACAUCCUGAAGAAGCACGCCGCUGAUCAGGCCAAGAGAGCCAAUCUGCACAGCAUCUCCUCUGAGGUUUCAGCCAACCACGCUUCCUCCAAGGUUUUCUUUGACCCUGGAACGUACCAGUGUCUAGAGAACUGCGGCAGCGUAGCCCUCAACGUGGUGCGUCAAGGUGGAGACCUCACGAGCACCGUCUCAGUGGACUACCGGACGGAGGACGGCACUGCUAACGCCGGCUCCGACUACCAGUUCACUGAAGGAACUGUUAUCUUCCAACCAGGCGAGACCGAGAAGGAAAUCCGCAUAGACAUCAUCGAUGAUGACAUUUUCGAGGAAGAUGAGCAUUUCCUGGUCUACCUCAGCAACGUGAGAGUGACAUCAGAGGCUGCUGGCUCAGACGGGGGCGGGGCUAACCACGUGGACGCCCUGGCAGGUUUGGGUCUUCCAUGCACAGCCACUGUCACCAUCUUCGAUGAUGACCACGCUGGUAUCUUUACGUUCGAGGAGCCGGUGGUGACUGUGAGCGAGAGCAUCGGGAGGAUGGAGGUGAAGGUGGUCCGGUCCUCAGGAGCUCGAGGAGUUGUGGUGGUGCCGUACAAAACCAUGGAGGGGACGGCUAAAGGAGGCGGCGAGGACUUCGAGGACACACAUGGAGUCCUGGAGUUUGACAAUGAUGAGAUCAUCAAAAUUAUUGAGAUCAAUAUAAUCGAUGAUGAAGAAUAUGAGAAAAACAAGAACUUCUUCCUAGAGAUUGGAGAACCUCAGCUGAUGGAAAUGAGUGAGAGGAAAGCUCUGUUGCUUCAGGAAGUCGGUGGAUUCGUCCAAACAGGAAGAGAUGUCUACAGGAAGGUCCAGGGCCGGGAGCAUCCCGCCCCCUCUGCCAUCAUCAACAUCACAGGGGAGGGGGGUGAGGAGGUUUGGACGAAGAAGGAUGAAGAGGAGCGGCGGAUCGCGGAGAUGGGUCGACCGAUGCUGGGAGAACACGUCAAACUGGAGGUCACCAUCGAGGAGUCGUACGAGUUCAAGAGCACCGUGGAUAAACUCAUCAAGAAGACCAACCUGGCUCUGCUGAUCGGGACCAACACCUGGAGGGAGCAGUUUGUGGAGGCCAUCACAGUCGGCUCCGGUGACGAGGACGAGUCCGGGGAGGAGAAGCUGCCGUCCUGCUUCGACUACGUCAUGCACUUCCUCACCGUCUUCUGGAAACUCCUGUUUGCCUUAGUUCCUCCCACCGACUACUGGAACGGCUGGGCCUGCUUCGUGGUGUCCAUCUCGGUCAUCGGCAUGCUGACGGCGGUGAUCGGCGACCUGGCGUCUCAUUUUGGCUGCACCGUCGGCCUCAAAGACUCUGUGACCGCUGUGGUGUUCGUGGCUUUGGGGACUUCAGUACCAGACACCUUUGCCAGUAAAGUGUCGGCCAUCCAGGACCAAUACGCCGACGCCUCCAUCGGCAAUGUGACGGGAAGCAACGCGGUCAACGUCUUCCUGGGUAUCGGCGUGGCCUGGUCCAUCGCUGCCAUCUACCACUACUCCCAGGGCCAGCAGUUCAAGGUGGACCCAGGAACGCUGGCCUUCUCCGUCACUCUCUUCACCAUCUUCGCCUUUAUCUGUUUCGGUGUCCUCCUCUACCGCCGGCGGCCGGAGAUCGGUGGGGAGCUCGGUGGCCCCCGGGUCCCCAAGAUUCUCACCACCUGCUUGUUCUUCAGCCUGUGGUUGAUUUACAUUGUGCUCUCCUCUUUAGAAGCAUAUUGCCACGUACAGGGAUUCUAGAUUUAUUCUGAAGGCUCGACCCGGUUCUGGAUUUACAAAGGCUCCAUUAUGAUCCUCCAUGUUCUGACUCCUCCCAGUCAUCUUACAAUGUUGUAAGAUCCCUGACAGUGGGUUCCUUAAGGCUCUAGGGGAGCUGCAUCUUCUUAACAGGGUUUUACAUUUUGAAUCAAAUCUGAAAUGAUCCUCGGUUCCUUGCUGGUCUGUCGGGUUCUAAACACAGAUAAACUUAUUCUGAUGGAUUCUUUCUGGUAGUUUUAUGUUCUGUAAAAGGUUGAAACCAUCGAAACCAAGGUAACACAGGUUCUUGCAUAUUUCUGCAGGCUCCUCUUAGUUCUGUUACUUGUCUAAAAGUGUGGAAAGAUGUCCGAUGUCUAUCACAGCUUCCUGACCGUGUAUUGAUUUCUAAAGGUGACUGUCGGUUCCUGCACAGUUUCACAGGUUCCUGUUUUUGUUUUCCACAUGUUUGGAUGAGCCUCAACUUUUUCCUUUUUGGUUCUGCCAGCUUUCUGUGGCGUUAACUUGGUUCCCUCAAGACUCCGAUGGUCACAGUUCUAACACUUGUCUGAAUAUUUGAACUGUACAGAUGUUGUGGGUUUUUGAAUUUCUAAUGGAGUCAAACAUCUUGGGUCUCUGAAGGUUCCUGAACAAUUCCACAGUUUUCUGAGUGUCUAUUUUAAUCUCUGAGGUUUUUGAGGGAACCCUGAAACUUGUGAACCCUCUUUCUAACUUGUGACACGUGUCUGAGCGCUGGUGACCUCUCAGACUUUUGAGUUUUUUAGUCACUUACCUCCUGAAUAUUUAAAGACUUUUAUCUCCAUCACCAAACAUUCACCUGUACCUUUAAGCAAAGUAUUACUUUAAUCUUGACGUGUAUGGACUUUGAAUCCACUUCCUGUAGUGACCUUAUAUAUCCAGUCUAUGGUAGUGACCACCAUCAGCCGUGGUGAGGGAGGCGGCUCCUGCUGACGUCUGGAGCUGCAGCGAUAGUGAUGCACCUUUGUGAAUAUCUGCACUAAGUUUGAACCAUAGUUAAUUUUGAAGUGAAGGAGGUUUUCUCUGAUCUACAUGAACAACUGCAGCAGGGAACUUUAAUGUUAUAAUGCUGUGUGUGUUUGUGUGUGAGUGCAUGGACUCAAACAACCAUUCACAAUAGUCUGAUGUGAUUGGCUGUUUGGAUGUUUUCCUCUAAAUAUUAAAGUUCAGUAAGUCA